AUGGCAGUGUUGUUUUCCAAUUUUGUCAUCAUUACAACAGCAUUUCUCUUUAGGAUCAUGCUAAAGAGACGUUUAUCUUGGGUGCAGUGGGCUUCUCUUGUGAUCCUGUUUCUCUCCUUUGUGGCCAUGAAAACCGGGACUGGAGAGAGUCAGAACACCAUCGCUGGGAGACAAGCCCCUGAACAGCAACUCUACAGCAUCUUCAUACAGAACAGCAAGCUGUACAUCUCCGGGGUGGCUUUUAAUGGCCUCACAUUGGUUUUAAACUCUGACUACCGGUCCCUAGCCCCACACUGUGGGUUAUUCCUUGGGCACAAUGUCUACUCGCUGGCCCUCACCUUUGUCACGGCUGCCCUGGGAUUGUCGGUGGCAUUCAUCCUGAAAUUCAGGGACAACAUGUUCCAUGUACUCACAGGCCAGGUAACCACCAUUCUCAUCACCACAGCUUCAAUCUUUAUAUUUGACUUCAAGCCCUCCCUGGAUUUUUUUGUUCAAGCCCCUGUUGUGCUGAUGGCUAUAUUCAUUUACAACGCCAGCAAGCCUCAGGACACAGAGACAAACACUCUGCAGCAAGAGAUGCUGAGGGUCAUCAAUGGUGAAAUCUAUGAACAGUCCAGAGGGGAUGGAGAGGAACUGAAGAGGCUAACCAAGCCCAACACGAACUCUGACACUGUACAUUCGUUUCAGCUUCUGCAUCUCUAACAUGCUCAGAUACUAAGAGCAUCAGUGACCUGUGCUGGUGCUGUGAAGCCAUGUUGUCAAGUGAACUUCACUUGUCUGUGAUGAGAGCAAUACAGCUGGAAAUAUAAAAAGAUAACGGUUAUAAAAGGAAUUGAUGUGAGGUGCCAAGGACAUUCCUGCACAUUGCUCAGGCAGUGGACAUUGUGACAGUACUGUUUCCUGCACCCAUUUCAUACAACACAGCCACAAUUUACAACAAGACAUUCCGAAUCAUUAUUAGUCAAAAGUGUUCGCUAUCAUUGAUUCAUUUCCAUUUUUGAGUGGCUUUUAUUUAUAUAAUUAAAUGUGCAUUUAAACUGUGGGAAGACUGUAAACAUGCUAAGUAUUCUUUGUGUUGUGCAGCUUGUGGCAUUCUCCAAGGUCACAUUUCAUUUUUUUGAAAACCGGUUUCUGUCUUAUUUUUAACUACUGUAAUGUUUGUCUUGGCACAAUGUUGUAAUAUAUAAAUAAAUACAUAAUUAUAAAAAACCUAAAGGAGAAACAGGACUACUUUUUGUGUUUUUUUUUUUUUUUAAUAGCUUACCAAAUCUGUUUACAUGUGCACGGUUAAAUGAUCAGUUUUAAAAAGAAAGCAAUAACUAAAUAUCCUUCUUAUGUCCAGAAUAACGCAUGCUAAUUGGUGUAUAAACCUCUGCCUUAGACCCUCCUAUACUCAUGACCUGCAUUGCGCUACUCUCCUGUAUUCUGGGCUGACUAGACCCAAGAAUGUUGCAGAUGGUACCUUGCGCUAGACUUUGUUAUCUACAGUAAAGCAGGUGUUACUGUUGCAAUGCCCUCCUAAUAUGAAAUUUACCCCACAUUUGUCAGCAAAAAUUACAUUUUUUAAAUGGCUGAUUAUAAACAGUUUUUACUCUGUCUUGCAUGUGCUUUUGAUAGCUUAUAAGUUUGUAUUAGAACACAUCCAUGCAUAAAAAAAGACACAUUCCAUGUUUUCAAAUAUUGACUUUCCUUUUUCAUGUUGUAUCAGCGGUACAGUAUCUGAAGAGUGAUACAGCUGUGAUCCAUACCUGCUUUUAAUAUAUGAAAUAAGGAGUCAAUAUCCAAUAAAUACAAAUGUAACAUAAAAAAAAAAUUAAAAGUGUCUUUCUUUUUUAUUUGUCUACAAUACAAUGUCCAUGGCUUAGAAAUAACCCUUUCACAGCUGCCUGAUCACUUUAUCCACUCUUACUCACAUUGGUGCUUUAAU